AUGGUAAUUGAGUUGGAAAACUCUGAACCUGUCAUUUACAGUCACUACCGCAUGUCUUAUACUGAGCGACAACUAGUAAGAGACAUGAUAAAAGAGAUGGCUGACAGUGGAAUCAUAACAGAAUCAUCAUCGCCCUAUGCUAGCCAAAUUGUAUUGGUACAAAAGAAAACUGUUGAGAAACGGCUAUGUGUCGACUAUAGGGCUCUUAACAGAAAGACGAAGAAAACUCAUUAUCCAUUACCACGAAUCGAAGAUCAAUUAGAUUUACUAGCAGGUAAUACUUUACUUACAUCAUUGGAUUUGGCUUCCGGCUAUUACCAGAUACCAAUUUCUGAAGAAUCUCGAAGCAAGACUGUUUUUGUAACGCCCGACGGGCAUUAUGAAUUUAAUUGUAUGCCGUUUGGGUUUGUAAAUACACCAUCUGUGUUUCAACGCACCAUCAACAAAAUACUUAUGGAGGCUAAAAUGAAGUAUGCCAUUGUAUACAUGGAUGAUGUGCUUAUCCCAUCUAAAACCUUUGAUGAAGGCAUUGUGAGACUAGAAGAAGUGCUCAAACUCUUAAAGAGAGGAGGUCUAACCCUCAAGUUAAGUAAAUGCAAUUUCUUCUAUAAAACUAUUGACUUUCUAGGAUUUGAAGUAAGUGCUAAUGGAAUCCGCCCAGGUAGUAGGAAAACAGACGCUGUCUCAAAAUUUCCGAAACCUCGCAACCAGUAUGAAUUAAGACAGUUCCUUGGAUUAUCUGGAUUUUUUAGGCGUUUUAUCAAAGGUUAUGCUACAAUCACGGCAUCAUUGACUAGCCUUUUAAAGAAGGGCUCUUGCUAG